AGUUAUUCCUGUUGCAGGUCGGGAGUUCGUUAUCCCUUCGUUGGCACACAGAUUUGUAGCAGAGAUGGUGGAUUUUUUUAUUCUGUUCUUUAUCAAGGCAGCCAUUGUUUUAGGCAUCAUGCACCUCAGUGGAAUAAAGGACAUCUCUAAAUUUGCUAUGCAUUAUAUAAUAGAAGAAAUAGAUGAAGAUACAUCCAUGGAAGAUCUUCAGAAAAUGAUGAUAGUAGCUCUUAUCUACAGAUUGCUAGUCUGCUUCUACGAGAUUAUCUGUAUUUGGGGAGCAGGUGGAGCAACCCCGGGGAAGUUCUUGCUUGGACUGCGAGUGGUGACCUGUGAUACCUCUGUUCUUGUGGCACCGAGUCGCGUGUUGGUGAUUCCGUCCUCCAACGUCAGCAUGACAACGUCUACCAUACGAGCUCUGAUCAAGAAUUUUUCUAUUGCGUCAUUUUUCCCUGCUUUUAUUACGCUGCUGUUUUUUCAGCAUAACAGAACAGCCUACGAUAUUGUAGCAGGAACUAUUGUGGUAAGAAGAAAUGGCAUCAGAUGAUACCAAAAGAUGACAGAUUGCCAGACUGUUUUCAAACCCUCCCUCUCCUCCUCCCUCAAAAAGAAAAGUCAUAACAGAAAAGCACCCCAAACUUGCAAUGGAGAUGACUAUCAAAAGCUUCUUUUUCCUAAAUUAAAUGGGAGCUGAUUCAGAAGUGAAAAUAAAAUGUACUGCUGCUCUAAGGUGAAGCCAGCAACUACCUUGAAAGUAUUGGACUUUUCAUAAAUGCCAAAGAAGUUUGAGAGAAACAGUACUCGUAAUAUCUGGAAGUGUUACCCUGACAAGGAGGUGACUGCAAAAAUGAUGCUUUUCUGCUCAUCAGUCUAUGGAAAGUGGAUUCCUAGAAAUACUCCAGCCUAAAAGAAAUGUCAUGCGUACAAUUUUGGGAUGUUGACAGAUAACUAGAAAAUUAAGUUGUUUUUCAAGCACUUGCCUAAGUUCUAUGACAGACUGAGCCGGAGGGAGCUGCAGUAUUUGACAGUAAAGCAAAACUACAUCUAAUCAUGUUUGUUUAAUGGCCAAGUGCCCAGAAAGAAAGAUGAGCAGUGUUUAUCAUUUCCCUUAAGAUAUUAUUGCUUCAUCGAUCAUACUCUUUCACCUCUCACAGGUAUUUUAGCUGAAUGUCCAUAUGACAAGUUUUUUUGCAUGAAUUUGUCUUAAGCACUGUCACUUAUUUCAUGUGUGUGAGCUAACGAGGAGGUGAUCUAGCGGCCGCCUUGCCUGCGGGCGCGGUGUGUUGCACUGCAGUGUUAGGGCGUGGGGGGUGUGUGUAUAUAACUUUGGGAGCUCUGUACAGAGUACAGUACAGCUCAUGCCAAUAAAGGCAACUUUCCUGCUUCUGUUUGGAGUGGAAGUACUUGUCUGUUCUUACCUGUAAGACCAAGCAAAACAGUUGAGUGAGCAUGCAGAAUUUGGGGAGCGUGCAGAAAAUAUUAACCAAGUGUUAUGGCUGUAAAUCACAAGUACAAAUACUGGUUACUUUCACUUUAUAAUUCUAACUGUACAUUCAGAAUAACUUAAAUAUUGAAUAAAGAAU